AUGGCGCCUGUGUACAAGAUUGCCAUUAUACAGUUUGAGCCCAAGUCCAUCGCUCUCGAAGAGAACUUUGCCAAAGCAGAAAGUCAUCUGAGGUCUGCUGCGGAAAAGGGCUGCGAUAUAGCUCUCCUACCAGAAUUCCAUCUCACAUCAUGGGAACCCGAACACCCUGAAUUCGUGUCUGCAAGCAAGAAAUCAGCAGACUAUCUUUCAAAAUACCAGGAUCUCGCUCGAGAACUCAACAUCAACAUCGUCCCUGGCACAAUCUGCGAAGUCCACAAUGUCCCCAACAGCAAAGAUGAAGAGCUUCGUAACAUGGCGUACUUUCUAGCUGCAGGAACCGGCGAGAUUUGCAGCGCGUACCAGAAGAAGAACCUGUGGCAUCCUGAACGACCUCACUUGACUUCAUCAACACACACGCCGCACAUAGCUUUCGACACGCCGUUGAAACAUGCCAAUGGUAAGCCUGUACGCGCUGGUAUGCUUAUCUGCUGGGAUCUUGCUUUCCCAGAAGCUUUCAAAGCACUUGUGAAUGAUGGUGCUGAUAUCAUCCUCAUUCCGUCGUACUGGUUCAUGAGCGAUGCGGGCGAUGAAGGGGGUGAUUUGAACCCUGAUUCGGAACGGCUGUUCCUCAACUGUGCUUUGACGGCGCGAGCUUUUGAAAACACAGCUGCUGUGGCGUUCUGCAAUGCUGGAGGGCUGAGUUGUGUCAAUAUGCCGAUUCUGGGACCCUUGGGAAGAAUUGAAGUGGGAGAGGAAAAGAUGGAGAUUGUUGACAUUGACUUGGAUGUUUUGAGAAUUGCCGAGUCGCAGUAUAAGAUCAGGAUGGAUAUGCAGAGUGAAGGAUGGCAUUACAAGUAUGGGAUGAACGGUGGUGCCAAAGCAUAG